AUGUCUCCGGUAGUUAUUACAUUGGUGUCCGAUGGGAGCCGAUGCCUUCUUGUACGACAGGCUUCAUUUCCUAAAGGGAUGUACAGUGCUUUGGCUGGCUUCUGUGACAUGGGUGAGAGUCUAGAAGAGACAGUCCAACGAGAGGUUGCUGAAGAAGUAGGCCUAGAAGUGAAAUCUCUCUGGUACUCUGCAUCUCAGCACUGGCCGUUCCCAAACAGCAUUCUCAUGAUAGCUUGUCAUGCAUUAGUGCAUCCGUUACAGAGCAAAUGUACCAUCAAUACUCAGGAGCUUGAAUCUGCCAGGUGGUUCAGCCAUGAGGAAGUGGUGAAGGCACUUGAACGGGAACCCAGACCUUCUAAAGAAACUGAUGACAGCACCUCUUUUUGGGUGCCGCCCAAACAAGCUAUAGCUCGACGGUUGAUCCAGGAAUGGGUGAAGCAGAAAACUUCUCCUUAGUUUUAAAAAAAAAAUACGCAGGGGAAUGAUGGCAUUGUUAUAUCUGAUGUCUUGUUUGCAGUGGCCUUCCAUAUUUUGUGGAGAAGGUACUGGUAAACCACAUUAAGUCUUUCGGCAUGUUGUCUUGAAAAUUAAUUGCUAUAGAACUCACUGAACGGAUUUGGAAUGAGAGGUUGAUAUCUCCGUAGGGUAAUAAUAUCUAGCAAAACCAAACUAAACCUCUAUUCCUUUUGGGAUUUCUUAGUAAAGCCAUUUGUGGGCAAACCUGGCCCUUGAAUUGCUUGUUUUUUCCUGGAAGCAUCCUGACCAAUUGGGGUUUGGGGUGAAGUUAAAAUUCUUGAUCACCAGAAGACAGAUAUCUAUGACCAAUUUUCUCCUUAUUUCAUCAGGUCCACAUAGCCAUUAUAGUUAGUAUUACCCUUGACUCUCUAUCCCCGUGAUGGCAAACCCAUGGCACAUGUGCCAGAGGUGGCACGCAGUGCUCUAGCUCAGCCAGCUGGUCGUCGGGUUUCCGAGAUGCGCAUGCGUGCCAGCCAAGCUGGUUGUCAGGUUUCUGAGGCACGCAUGAGUGCUGGCCAGCUGGCCAUGGGUUUCUGGCACUCUGGCGUGUGCACCUUCCGGUUUGGGUACUCUGUGCCUAAAAGGUUCGCCAUCACUAUUCUAUCCGUUUGACUCCUCUUCCAUCUUUUUAAACAGAUGCCUCCUGUCCCUAGAAAUAAUGCAGUGGUUUGCUAAACAUACACGUUCCCCAACCGAAGU